AUGAAUUUCUUGAACCGGAAAGAUCCCUCCUCCGAGAAGAAUGGCAUGGAGCGAAAGCUCGUGAUGAAACUUGAUUGUUUUGUGAUGACCUACUGCUGUGCGUGCUACUUCUUCAACUAUCUCGACUGUCAAGCCUUCCCCAACGCAUACGUUUCCGGACUACGCGAGGACUUGGGUCUCGUCGCCAAUGAAUACAGUAUUCUUCUGUCCAUGUUCUCAGCCGGCUCGGUCGUGGGUCAUAUCCCUCACGCGUUGCUCAUCCAGAAAAUUGCGCCGCGCAUCUACCUGCCAUUGAAUCUGGUCUUGUGGUCUGGGGUCACAAUGUGUCUGGCGGCAUGCAAGACUUACGAAGGGCUUUGCGCUGCUCGGUUCUUCCAGGGUUUCUUGGAGGCCAGCAUCUAUGCCGGCAGCAUGUACGUGUUUGGUUCGUGGUAUAAGCCUUCUGAACUCUCCAAGAGAGCUGCCAUCUUUACAGCUGUUGGUCAGCUAGGCAGUCUUUUUGCAGGUAUUAUGAUGACUGCUAUGAAUCAGUCUCUGCAUGGCAAUAGCGGUCUCAAAGGUUGGCAGUGGGUGUUUCUUAUCAAUGGUUUGAUGGGUAUUCCUGUCGGCGUCUUUGGAUUCUUCUUCUUCCCCGAUUUGCCGGAGACCACAAAGGCGUCCUAUCUCAGCAGGGAGGAAGUCCAACUUGCCGUGGAAAGACUGCCGGUCAAGAAGCUCGACAGCCACGAUAUCCACUGGAGGACUCUGCUGCCAAAGGUGCUCAAAUCGCCCUACAUCUACAUACUGGCCGGCUUGUCUGUUGUUGGCGGAAUGCUCGAAGCUUUUGCCUUUCAAGGCAUGUUCCUGCUCUGGCUCAAGCACAACAGAGCUAGAUUUACUCAAACAGCUAUUACGACAUACCCUCUUGGCAUUCAAGCAGUUGCAAUUGUCUCGCAAAUCUGUGCUGGUAUCUUCAUCGAUAAAACUGGGCAGCGUAUCCCGAUGGUCGUAUUCGCUGCUGCAAUGCAACUUAUCACUGCCAUCCUUCUCUUGCAACCUCAUCUCACCGACGCAGGGGUCUUUACUGCACACUACCUCAGUGCCACGUCUUUCAUCGUCAACCCCGUCAUGUACGGCUGGGCCAAUUCGAUACUGCAAAGACUCGGAGACGAUGCUGUGCGAUCUGUCGUAUUGUAUACCAUGAGUAUGAGUGGCUUAUUGCUGUACACUUUUUGGGGUAUCGUGAUCUACCCUGCAACCGAUGUACCCUACUGGAAGAAGGGAGCGAUCACCAUGGUUGUUGUUUGCUUCGCUUACGUUGCAGUCGCGUUUGGGGUGAAGAGGCUUGACGGAAAAACAAAGAGUAGCCAAUUUAACAACAGCGAUGAUGAAGCCGUGGGAGAGGUCGUGUCUGAACGGCGAAUGACCAAGAUCGGUUGAUACGAGUCAUCAAGGAAUGGUAGUGUAUCAUUAGCCAGUACACGGGCGUUCGGGACAUGACGGACGAGCCAGAAACAACCGAGGAGCAAGUCUGACGCACAUCUGAUCGAUGUACAUAACAUUUUUUGCCGAGGCGAAUCUACAAGCUCGAUGGCCAAAAGUUGCGAGCGUCGGAAGGGUCGCUAAUCACAAAAACAUCUUGCAACUUGCAUUUCGAUC